AUGCUCAUGAGCAUGUGCAACUCGCCAAUAUUAUCACCUAAGUGGGUUAUCCGAUCCGGGAGAGGUGCAGCAUAUGCUUGCUCAGAAGGAGAGGGCAACGCUCCCAAGUCGUGUUGCGGCAGGCCUCCACUAAGGCUAUGCGUGCUGUUCCUCGGUGUUGUCGGCGCGUGCCUCGUCGCAGCUGGGGCAGUUCUCGGGGCCCUCAGGCCUCACCCAAAAGCACCUCUCACAUUACUCCUUCUUAUGAUAGGAAUAGGAGUAGUCCUUGUCACAGCAGCAGGUCUUGCUUGGCGGUUAGGAGCUCGCGACGCUCCGUGUGCACUCUUGGGAUUACGCCGCGCCUCAUGCCGUCGCCUUGUGCCGCGGUUACCACCUUCGUAUGCCAGACCACACCAUCCGUAUGCUGCUAUGCUCUAUCCAGAGUUCCACUAUCGGCCACCACCACCUACCUACCAAGCUUCCAUGCAAGAAUAUAGGCUCAGGUUACUUCUGUUAGAUAGAAGUGCGGCCGCGGUAUCGCCACCCCCGACCUACAGAUCAAACUCAGCCAGUCUAGUCAGCAGAGGAUCAACAGGCGCCGCGUGGUGUGGCACCGAUUACAGCGGACCACCUUCAUACCGUGCACCCCGCGUGGACCCUCCCGUCACCGUCACAGACAACCUGCCCACCAUCACGCCUAUAGACCUCAAAUACGUCGAUAACACCAUCGAGAAUCUGCCCAGACCCACACCAGAUCAGGAGAAAGACCCUGAUGAACAUCUCGUCACAAUAGUGCAUACCGACUCACAACCAGUUAUCGUGACCGUAUCUGGUUCACCAGCUUUGAAUGAUACUCAUACACCACCCCCUUCAGAAAUCGACAUACUGGCGCAUUUAUAA